AUGACAGAACUCGAAGCCACCGAAUUUAUGUCAUCAUAUGAGGAUAAUGAUGACAUAACUCGAUGUAUCGAAUUACCGUGGCCUGCUUUCAAUAAGUUUUAUAAGUAUAAAGGAACGGACACAAAAGGCAAUUACAACACUACUUGUCGCAAGCAUUCUUCAAAAAUAAAUGAACUGAAUACAUUAAUUGAAAUGGAAGGUAAAGGAACAAACACUAAAACGCUAAAACCUAAGGAAACCCAACUAACCUUAACAGAUAGUAUUACUGGUUUUGGGAAUUUUGGAAAUGCUAGCACAAGUUCAGUGUUAAUUGAUUGGAUUAUUGAUGGAAUGCACCCUAUUAGUGAAGUUGAACGCCCUUCUUUUAUCCGGUUAUGGCAAACUUUAACUAAAAAUAAAAGACCUCCUAUAACUGUUAAAACAGUCAAUAAACAGAUUCUAAGUAAACACCAAGAGAUGGACACUAAAAUCAUCCUUGAACUUUCAAAAGUUUCAAAUAUUUGUAUUGCUGCUGAUUUAUGGUCAGCAUUUACAAGAUCGUACCUAGGAGUAUCCUGUCAUUGGAUUGAUGAAGAUACAUUGAUUCGAAAAAAUUUAGCGUUAGCCUGUAAACGCGUUAGAGGUUCACAUACUUAUAAUAUUUUGGCUGAAGAACUACAAAAUAUAUUUAAGAAAUUCAAAAUUCACAACAAAAUAACAUCUGUAGUGACUGACAAUGGUUCAAAUUUUAUUAAAGCAUUCAGAGUGUUUGGCAUUAAUGAUGAUGAAGAUGAUGAAAAUAUCAAUGAGGAGUCUGCUGAUGAAAUUGAUGCUGUUAUGUUGACAGAUAUACUGGAUGAUGUAACUAAUAGAAUCGUGUUACCACCCCAUAGAAGAUGCGCUUCUCAUACACUUAACUUGCUUGCUUCAAAAGAUGCAUUGAAAUCUUUGGAUAAAACCGCUCAUAAUACUGUAUAUAGAAAAGUGUAUCGUUCAUUCUUCGGUAAAUGUCAAUAUUUGUGGAAUAAAACUCAUCAAUCUACAGUGGUUAAUGAUAUGGUGGAAGAAAAACUUGGUAAAAAGUUUAUUCGACCAAAUUUAACUAGGUGGAAUUCAACAUAUGAUUCUGUACAUCAUAUUCAUGAACUAUUCGAAUCAAAAAGAGAGGAAUUUGUGGAACUUAUUGAUUCAAUUGGCUUGCAGAGGUUUACAAAAGAAGAAAUCGAAUUUUGCAAAGAAUAUGUGUUGGUCAUGGGUGUUGUAGCUGAUGCUCUGGACGUCCUGCAAGGAGAUUUAGCAGUGUCCGUUGGUUAUUUGCUUCCAACACUAUAUGAACUCAGGAAGUCAUUUGAAGAAUUCAACCAGCAAAAUCUUAAAUUUUGCCAACCAUUGAAUGAGACAUUAAAAGAAGGAUUUAAUAAACGGUUUGAGAGUUUCUUUUAUGAUGAAAGUUUGGUUAAAGCAGCUUCAUUUCACCCAAGAUUUAAAUUGGCUUGGUUAAAAGAUGAUGAAAGAAAUAGCGUUAAAAACAAAUUAAAAGAUGAAUUUAACCUUUUUUUACCACUAGAUAUUUUACCAGUAGAGAAUACUGGAAUUGUUCAUGGUACUAUUAUACGCAAAAAAAAAGGUUUUUUCAGUUUUGAAGACAUGGAUAGUGUUGCAUUACCCGAAGAAGACAGAUUCGCUGAAUUCAACAGAUUUUUUAAUGAGGGUUUGAAAUCAUCAGAAUGCUUGGCUGGUUUCCCGAUUAUAAAAAAAAUUUACUUGCGUUACAAUACAGAUCUGCCUUCCAGUGCAUUAGUUGAAAGACUAUUCAGUUUUGGAAAAGAUGUAUUGAGAAACAAAAGAUCAAGAAUGACUGAUGAUAAUUUUGAACAUCAAUUGUUAUUAAA